GGUGAAGCUGAAGGGAGAGAGAGAGCGAGCAUGCAGAGAGAGCCGGCGAGUUGACGGGUUGCUCACCAGCUUUGCCUAUGUUGCGGGCUGGUCUCCGGCGACUGUCCCGCAGAGCGCUGCCGCACCGCUUCAACCUCGCCCCAGCCCUGCUGCUCUGCAGCCGCACCGGCACCGGCAUGUCCCUCAGUCCGGCCGGGGAGCAGCGGAACUCCCCCGGCAGCAAGGAGAAGCCGACCCUGAGACACCUAAAGACGAGGGAGAAGAGGAAACAUGGAACCACACACGGACCCUCCACUGUCUACCUGCAGGUUGUGGGCUCUGGGAGUAGGGAGGCUGCAGCCGCUGUCUAUGUCUUCUCUGAAUACAACAGGUAUCUCUUUAACUGUGGAGAGGGGACUCAGCGACUGAUGCAGGAGCACAAGCUGAAGAUUUCUCGUCUUGACAAUAUUUUUGUGACAAGGAUGAGUUGGUCCAAUGUUGGAGGAUUAUCUGGCAUGAUUCUAACGUUAAAGGACACAGGCGUUUCCAAGUGCGUGUUCUCUGGACCUCCACAGUUUGAUAAAUUCUUGACUGCAAUCAGGUCAUUCUCUGGGCCACUACAAGGACUAGAUUUGGCUGUUCGCCCGUAUACCCACCCAGAAUACACUGAUGAUACUAUGACAGUGCAUCAGGUGCCCAUAUUUGCCAAUUUGGAUUCAGAGGGCAGAGGAACAGAAAGUGCGAAUUUGUCGCUUGGUAAAGCCAGCACUGACCAGCCCUACUCUACAAAAUCCACAGAGCAGCUACUGGAGGGUGGUGAGGCUGGUCUAUCAAAAAAACAGAAUGAAAAACCAGAGAGAAGCCCAAAAUCAGCAACAAGGGAUCCUUCCCUUGUGGUGGCUUUUGUCUGCAAGCUUCAUCCAAAGAAAGGAAACUUCCUUGUCAUGAAGGCAAAGGAACUUGGUCUGCCAGUGGGAACAUCUGCUAUUGGUCCAAUUGUGGCUGCUUUGAAAGAUGGAAAAAGUGUAACGUUUGAAGGCAGGGAGAUCCACCCUGAUGAUGUGUGUACACCUACUGAUCCAGGGCCCACAUUUGUUGUGUUGGAAUGUCCCAGUAAAGAAUUUAUUGGGCCCGUGUGUAAGAACGAACAACUCCGCAGGUAUCAAACUGGAGGAUCUGAAAGCCCUGCUGCAUUAGUUGUCCACAUGACUCCUGAGUCUGUUUUGGAAAACAAUGUUUAUAAAUCAUGGAUGGGGAGGUUUGGACCGACCACACAACACCUGAUCCUCAAUGAACACAACCAAUCUGUCCAUAACCUACGCAGCCACAAGAUCCAGACCCAACUCCACCUGAUUCACCCAGAGAUCUUCCCUUUGCUGCAAACCUUUCGGAUCAAGGAAGAGCCAGCCUCUCUCAAUAUGCCAAUUGUUCGAGGUGAAUGUUUGCUAAAGUAUCAGCUGAGGCCUAGAUUUGAAUGGCAAAGAGAUGCUGUGGUUGCAGAUGACACUGAAGAGUUCAUUAAGGAAGCUACAGAAAUUCCAGGCUUUUUGGAGAAAGUCGAAGAAUGUAAAAACUUACUGUCAGUAGACCCUGUCACUUCAUCAGAGCAAGUGGACAGAUACCCUGAGGUUGUUUUCCUUGGAACUGGAUCUGCCAUCCCAAUGAAAAUCCGAAAUGUUAGCUCCAUCAUUCUAAACAUCAGCGCUACAUGCUCGAUAUUAUUAGAUUGUGGUGAAGGCACUUUUGGACAGCUCUGUCGUCACUAUGGCAACGAUGUGGACGUGAUCCUCUGUAACUUGUCAGCCAUCUUUGUGUCGCACAUGCACGCUGACCAUCACACGGGCUUGAUAAAUAUAUUGCUGGAACGAGAAAAGGCUUUGCUAUCCCAGGGAAAGGGUUUCAUCCCAAUUUCACUUGUGGGACCAUUACACAUCAUGAAUUGGUUGGACCAGUACCAUAACCAUUGUCAGAAGAUUCUUCACCAUAUAAAUGUUAUUUCCGCUCGGCAUUUCAUGGAAGGUGCUGAUGUUAGCAAGUUGAUCACUCAAGAACGCAUGCAGACUUUGUUGCAGGAACUUGAACUGGAAAAGUUCCAUACCUGUAUCGUGCGACAUUGCAGGAAUGCCUUCGGCUGUGCUCUUCAACACAAGUCAGGCUGGAAAAUCGUUUAUUCGGGGGAUACCAUGCCAUGUUCAGCUCUUGUUCAGACAGGGCAGAAUGCGAAUCUCCUGAUUCAUGAAGCUACACUGGAAGAUGGGCUGGAGGAAGAAGCUGUUGAGAAAACUCACAGCACCACCUCACAAGCUAUCAAUGUUGGUAUGCAGAUGAAUGCCAAAUUCAUCAUGUUAAAUCACUUCAGUCAGAGAUAUGCAAAGAUUCCCCUAUUCAGUGCUGACUUCAAUGACAAAGUUGGAAUAGCUUUUGAUCAUAUGAGGGUUCGGUUUGAUGAUUUUGGGGCCAUUCCCAAGCUCACCCCACCCCUGCAAGCCCUUUUUGCGGAAGAGAUUGAAGAGAUGGAGGAACGCCGUGAGAAGAGAGAGCUCCGGCAACUGAAGGAAGCCCAGAAUUCUUUGAGUACAAACGGGCCUGUGGCCCAGGGACCAUCGUCCACUGUGACCAUCAAUGAAGCAGUCACCAAAAAGAAACGAGCAGUUGAAGAACCUGAUCAAGAUCUGGACAACAAAAAAAUAAAACUAACUUGAUGCUAUUCGAAAAUAAUGAUUUGAAAGACUUGGUUCAUUACCCUGGAAGGAGAGUGUACAGGAAAGCAGUGUGCAAUGAACUUGAACUGAUUUUAUUUUGUUGCAUAACUGAGUUUUGUGUAUAGGUUUUACCAAUAGGGUAACAAUGACCGUGGUUUGCAGUAAUUAGGUUAUAUUUUGGUUUCUAACUGGUACAGCAAUUUGAGUUGCAAGCCCAAUCAUCCACAUGCCUUUGACUCCUACCUUGACCCUCUUUUUGGAAAGUGACUUCUCAAGCAACUGCAAACAUCCUGUAUUCUUCCUCGAUCCAAAGGAGGAUGACAGAUAAUCCAAAUAAUUAUCUUGUAUUUUGGUUUGAGAACCAGAUGGCUAAAAUCAGAUUUUGAAAUGUUCUGUUUUUUUUUUUAAAAAAUGUCUCUUAUUUGCUCAUCCCAUCUUUUUACUUAAGUGAUUUACUCAAAUGCUGCUGUCCCUGUUGACUUCCAGCUUCAGCUGCAUACCUGGUUUUUGAUUUGAUUUUAUUAUUGUCACAUGUACCUAGCUACAGUGAAAAGUUUUUUUGUUUUGUGUGCAGUAUAGGCAGAUUAUACCAUUCAAAGUGCAUACGAGAAAUAGAACAGCAAGGGAUACCAUGUUACGGCUACAGAGAAGGUACACAGAGCGAGGUCAAGAUUAAAUUUGAGAGAUCCUUUCAGAAGCCUAAUAACAAAGGGGAAGAAGCUGUUCUUGAAUCUGGUCUGUGUUUUUAAGCUUGUGUAUUUUCUCCCCUCUGUCAGCGCUGCAAAGCAGCGAUGACAAUCUACAAUAGGCAACCCAACACUGAAUUCACUUGCCAUCUGACUGUUCCUUCCCUUAAAAUCUCUGCCGUGUUGAGUGUGCCUUCAAAAGUAAUUUGCUGCAUUUCUCAGCUACUCCCUAUUUCAUUGGAGAGGACAGAGAAAGUCCUGUCCUUUUACUGUAACCGGAAAAGUGUGCAUCCAUCUCUGGGAAUGUAAUGAUGAGCAAAAGUUAUUUUGAACGUCUGCAGAAUGGAUCACAAGUAGCCUUUGAUUUAAAAAUUUUGAAACCAGAGUUGAGAAUGAAUAAUAAAACCUAUCCAAUUUGUGAUGCUGUACUAGGAUGUUAUACUUCAGCUUACCAAUUAUUUUUGAUAAAUUAUUUCCAUGUUACUGUAGAUGGUGAAAUGUGCACGGAAGCUAAAAAUUCUCAUUCCUUUUUCAGGCUUAAGAUUUACAUUGAUUUUGUCGUUUUUUUUAACUGUUACUGUUUCAAAUUUUAUAAUGUGGUGUUUUAAUUUUGCAUUGAGGAAUUUGUUUUUCGAAGUGGAGAUUUUAAAGUAUCUCUCUGAAGUAAAUGGUGAAUUCUUAAUCCAAUUGAAGUCAGUGAUGAACACCAUAAUGGCACUGGGUAAUGUGAGGGAACUGUUUGUUUGUUUGUUUGUUUGUUUGUUUAUCCUUUUUACUAGCUUUUGGGGCACUUUUCCCAACCAAUGGAAUUGCCGUUCAUUAUCCACCCCAGAGCUGGAAUACUGGGAGCAGUUUUGGUCCUGUUCAUCUAAAGAAAUAUAUACUGGCAUUGGAGGCAGUCCAGAGAAGAUUCACCAGGUUAAUCCUGGGCAUGGUGGCAUUGCCUAAUGAGAUGAGGUUGAGUAGCUCGGGCUGUACUCCUUGGAGUUUAGAAGAAUGAGAGGUGACCUUUAUUGAAACAUAGAAGAAUCUUCAAUGACGGGCUCAAUGCGGAAAGGUUGCUUCCCCUUGAGAGUCUAGGAUCUGCGUGCAUAAUCUCAGAAUAAAGAAGUCACAUGUUUAAGACAAGUGAGGUGGAAUUUCUUGGGGUAGUGAAACUAUUUCUUUCGAGUCAGAUUUUUUUCACCAGGUGAGGGAAACAAGGCUUCUCGGGAAAAGGCAGGAAAGUGGAGUCAAGGAUGAUCUAAUUGAAUGAUGCAGCAGUUUUGAUGGCCUGAAUGGACUACUUCUGCAACUGUGUAUUCUGAUCCUCUCUAAGGGAGAAAUGCUGGCACUGUCAUUGUGCUAAUAAUUGUGGUGACUAGUCUAACCCUCUGGGGACACCACUGGUUGAAACCUUACCAUGGCAGCUGUUGGAACUUUCCCACAUUUAAUAAAUCAGAUGUAAAAGCUAGUCUCAGCAAUUGUGCCAUGAGACUGUUGAUAGUCAUUAAAAACCCAUCUGGUUUGGUCAUGUGCUUUUCUUAAGGAUGACGUAUCCUUCCCUAACCUGGUCUGACCAUGUGACUGCAGGCCCACACCAAUACAGUUGCCUCAUCACUGGCCUCAUGGCCAAUUAGCUCUUUGGUUCAAGGGCAGUUACAAAUGUGCAGCUAAUGCUGGCCAGUGGUGCCUGUAUCCUGUGGAAAAAUAACGGCAAAGAACGAUCAUCUUAUUCUAUUUUAUGUAGCUUCCAUAACAGUUUAAAAUGGGGAGGAGAAAUUUUAUUCUAACAAUAAACUGAACACAGUGCACAGAGGCCUUUUCUCAUUUUAUGCAUGUGCAAAAUGUGACUUUUCAAUCUCCUUGAUUUUAAAUAAUUUGCAUGAGGAACUACAAAUGUUGCAGUCAGCCUAUCGUUAUGUGAAUGUAAAUGAAAAGAUAAAUUUAUCAGCUGACGUUUGUUAGUAGCAAUGUUAUCUUGGUAUACUGGAACACUGUCAAGAGUCUUAAAAACCUUAAUUCUGGUUUAAUUGGUCUCAAACGGAACAAUUAAGUGUCAGCCAUGAGAUGACAUUGAACUCUUGCACUGUUUUCUCCUCCAAGCCCACUUCUUUGGACAAGUCCUCUCUCUGUUCCACAGACCCCUUCGCCCAGUUCCAACACACUCUCUUCCCUCCACCUGGUCCCCUCCUUCUGACCUUUUUUUACCUGUACUUAAUCUGUUCAUUGAGAGCUGUCACUAUAACAUUGGUCAUCUCAUUUUCUCUGCCCCCCUCACCCAAUCCAACCCAUCUCCUUCUCAACUGACUGCACUCCGUGCGCUUAGAUCCAACCCUGACUUUAUUAACCAUCCGAUAAGUGGUGGUGCUGUUGUAGUCUGGUAUGCUGACUUCUACAAUGCAGAGGCUAAGCACCAAUUCUGUCAUAUCUCCUUAUCUUCCCCUGGACCAUUGUAUCAACUAUAGUAACUGAACUCAUUUCAUCUGGUGAUCUCACUGCGCCCACCCCC